AUGUCCGUCAUCUAUCGCGAACGCUCGCGCGAGCGUGAGCGUGACUGGGAUACUCGCUCAGUCAGUGGCCGGACAACUACAAUUAGGGAGUCUGACCGCGACCGCGACCGUGACCGCGACCGUGACCGUGACCGCGAUCGUGACCGUGACCAUGACGGCUCUUACAGCGUCAAGAAAAUAUACAGAAUUCCCAACCGUGAUCGUGAUAUCCGCGAUGUCGAAGAAGAUAGAAUUUCGAUCCGUCGCACAGAGGAUGACCGUGAUCGUCGUUCCGACCGUGACCGGGAAGUUCAAGAGACCCGCAUCAUUCGCAGAGAGAGAACUCCAGAACCCGAGCCUGAGCCUGAGCGACGUGAGAUUCGCAUUGUGAGAGAGGAAAGGUCUCGAGAACGGGAACCUGAGCCUCGCCGCGUCGAGCGAGAAAUUCGGUACGAGCGCGAGAACGAUAGACUGGCACCGUAUCGUGACUAUGGCUACGACCGUAACAAUGACCGUAACAAUGACUUGCAACGCUAUACAAGAGAAGUCGAAUACUUCCCUCGACCCGACCCGCCACAGCCCAUCGUGAUUCGCCAAGAGCCACAACAGAUCAUUAUACAGGAGGCCCCUCGUGCUCCAACAGUGAUCGCUGCACCUGAAAAGGAAACCGAAUUCCAGAUGGUAAAACGCUCUGAGGUCGUGGAGGAGAGCCAUGACGAUCAUCGUUCGGUUGUCAGCAGAAAACCGAAGAGUGACCGAGGUAAUGAGGAAGAAUACUAUUAUGAGCGCCGUACUCGCGAGGUAUCUAGCGACCGUCGUGAUCGAGACGUCAACUAUAGAGACGAUCGUUAUGAAAGGCGCCGAGAGCGUGACCUCAGCCCUGGCGACUCAAUUUCGCAAGUGGGGGGAAAAGCAGCCGCCGCCGCUAUAGCAGCGAUGAUAGCUAUGAUUAUGUUGAAAGACGCGAAACACGUGAAGGGUAUUCCGACGACGACGAUAGCCCACAUCACCGACGUCAUCUCGCCGAGGGUGCCCUGGCUGGAGCUGGAGCGGCAGAGCUCAUUCGUCGUCAUCGCAAGAAGGAAGGUGACGAGGAUAGUCGCCGUGGCAGAUCGUGCUCGCAGCAAGGGCCGCUACGAAUCUCGUUCACGAUCUGGUUCAAGGGAUGGACGCCGUAGACGUCGCAAACACAAGUCUAAAAGCCGGAGCCGCUCAAAAUCGCGUACGCGGAAGAUCGCCGAGCUCGGUCUUGGUGCUGCUGCUGUUGCUGCUGCUGCUGCUUACGCCAACAAUCAGCGUAAGAAGAAUAAGGACGAUCGCCGGAGUCGCUCGCGUACGAGGCAAGGCUCUGUUCCCCCGGAAGAGGCUGAUGAUGCGCGCAAUCCUAGACACAAGUCGAAGCGCAUUGCUCAGGCUGGUGCCGCCGGAGCUGCCGUAGCUGGCUUGAUCGAACGCGCUCGCAGCAAGUCUCGAGGUGGUAGAGAUCGUUCAAAGAGCCGCGUCCGUCAAGGAAUCCCAAUUGCAGCUGCCGGAAUUGGAAGUGCAGCGAUUGCUGGCCUCUACGAGCGUAACCAAGCGGCUAAAGAGGAAAAGAAAGACAAGGAAGUACGACGUGAAGAGCGCAAAGCUCGUCGUGCGUCAAGAUCUAGAUCCAGAUCUGUAGGAUAUGAGGCUAGCCGAGAUCUUCCUCCCCAUCAAGCUGGCAUGAUCGAAUAUGGGGACACUCCGGUGUAUGGUAGUAACGGGAUCCCGGAAUAUGGCAACCGGCCUGCGAGCCAGCAAGGUUAUUACGAUAACCGUGAAGCAGCCAUGGUUCCCGCUGCCGCUGGUGCUGGUGCAGCAUAUGGCGCUGAGCGGGCAAGAGAGAGGUCAAUCAGCUCCUCCGGCUCUGACAACGAACGUCGACGCCGUCGUCGACAUCGUCGUCACAAGAGCGACAGCCGAAGUCGAAGCCGCAGCCGCAGCAGAGGCUUGGGUGCGGCAGCGCUAGGGGCAGCUGGGGCUGGUGCUGCUGGUCUAGCGUUGUCUGAGCAUGAGAAGAGAAAGCUGCAAAGGAAGGAAGAAAAGAGGGAACGAAAAAGACGUGAAGCAGCAGAACGAGAGUCGUACGGGCAAGAUCAUUACGCUUCACCGAUCUCGCCGCCACCAGGCCAAGGCUACCCACAGGGCGGUGAUCCGUAUGCAAACCAACCGUUCUACCCACCUCAACCUGGCCAGCCGUACUCCCCCAAUGCCGAGUAUCCUACUCCACCAGGUCACCCUGCUGCAGCUCAGAUUGAUCCUGCCUACGGCUACCCACCUCAGCAAGCUGGGGGCUACCAGCCUCCUGAGCCUACCGCCUACUCUCCUCCUCCAGGAGCAGCCCCUUAUGUAGGGGGUGGCGCUGGCCCAAGGAGGGCAGACGAGAAUGUGAGUGCUGAGAAAUCAUUUCAAAAUGCGCCCAGCACCAGCACAGAUGUUGCAAAUAUUACCGAUACCCCUUUGUAUGAUCCUAAUGGCGUGCCCUUCUACAUGUCAUCCGGGGAGGGUGCGUACCCCUAG